AACUUCAGUCAGAGUGGAAACCUUAAAUUGCACAAACGGACUCACACAUGGGGAAAACAAGUUAAAUGCAUGGAGUGUGGAAAGAGCUUCAGUUACUAUUCAGGCCUUAGAUCCCAUCAACGGACUCACACAAGGGAGAAACCGUUUAAAUGCAUGGAGUGUGGAAAGAGCUUUAGUGGAAAUCUUAGAAGACAUCAACGGACUCACACAGGGGAGAAACCAUUUACAUGCAUGGAGUGUGGAAAGAGCUUUAAUGAUAGUGGACAUCUUAGAAGACAUCAACGGACUCACACAGGGGAGAAACCAUUUACAUGCAUGGAGUGUGGAAAGAGCUUCAGUUAUAGUAGAAACCUUAGAUCACAUCAAUGGACUCACACAGGGGAGAAAGCAUAUAAAUGCAUUGAGUGUGGAAAGAGCUUUAGUGAUAAUGGAAGCCUUAGGAACCAUCAACGGACUCACACAGGGGAGAAAGCAUAUAAAUGCAUUGAGUGUGGAAAGAGCUUUCGUGAUAAUGGAAGCCUUAGGAACCAUCAACGGACUCACACCGGGGAGAAACCAUAUGAAUGUAUGGAGUGUGGAAAGAGCUUCAGUCAGAAUGGAAACCUUAGAUCACAUCAACGGACUCACACAGGGGAGAAACCAUUUAAAUGCAUUGAGUGUGGAAAGAGCUUUAGUGAUAAUGGAAGCCUUAGGAACCAUCAACGGACUCACACCGGGGAGAAACCAUUUAAAUGCAUGGAGUGUGGAAAGAGCUUCAGAUAUAGUGGACACCUUAGAUCACAUCAACGGACUCACACAGGGGAGAAACCAUAUGAAUGUAUGGAGUGUGGAAAGAGCUUCAGUCAGAGUGGAGACCUUAGAAAACAUCAACGGACUCACACAGGGGAGAAAGCAUAUAAAUGCAUUGAGUGUGGAAAGAGCUUCAGUCAGAAUGGAAACCUUAGAUCACAUCAACGGACUCACACAGGGGAGAAACCAUUUACAUGCAUGGAGUGUGGAAAGAGCUUCAGUCAGAGUGCAGAGCUUAGAUCGCACCAACGGACUCACACAGGGGAGAAACCAUUUCAAUGUAUGGAGUGUGGAAAGUGUUUUCGUGAUCGUGGAAGCCUUAUAUCACAUCAACGGACUCACACCGGGGAGAAACCAUUUCAAUGUAUGGAGUGUGGAAAGAGUUUUAGUGAUAGUGGAAGCCUUAGAUCACAUCAACGGGCUCACACAGGGGAGAAACCAUUUCAAUGUAUGGAGUGUGGAAAGAGCUUUAGUCAUAGUGCAAGCCUUAGAUCACAUCAACGGACUCACACAGGGGAGAAACCAUUUCAAUGUAUGGAGUGUGGAAAGAGUUUUAGUGAUAGUGGAAGCCUUAGAUCACAUCAACGGGCUCACACAGGGGAGAAACCAUUUCAAUGUAUGGAGUGUGGAAAGAGCUUUAGUCAUAGUGCAAGCCUUAGAUCACAUCAACGGACUCACACAGGGGAGAAACCAUUUCAAUGUAUGGAGUGUGGAAAGAGUUUUAGUGAUAGUGGAAGCCUUAGAUCACAUCAACGGACUCACACUGGGGAGAAACCAUAUAAAUGCAUUGAGUGUGGAAAGAGCUUCAGUCAGAAUGGAAACCUUAGGAAACAUCAACGGACUCACACUGGGGAGAAACCAUUUAAAUGCAUGGAGUGUGGAAAGAGCUUCAGUCAGAGUGCACACCUUAGAAAUCAUCAACGGACUCACACAGGGGAGAAACCAUAUGAAUGUAUGGAGUGUGGAAAUUUUAGUGAUAGUGGAAGCCUUAGAUCACAUCAACGGGCUCACACAGGGGAGAAACCAUAUGAAUAUAUGGAAUGUGGAAAGAGCUUCAGUCAGAGUGGAACACUUAAAAAACAUCAACAGACUCACACAGGGGAGAAACCAUAUAAAUGUAUAGAGUGUGGAAAGAGUUUCCAUUGUAAUACAAGCCUUAGAACACAUCAACGGAGACACACAGGGGAGAAACCAUUUCAAUGUAUGGAGUGUGAAAAGAGUUUUAGUAAUAGUGGAAGCCUUAGAAGACAUCAACAGACUCACACAGGGGUGAAACCAUAUAAAUGUAUGGAAUGUGGAAAGAGCUUCCGUCAGAAUGCAGACCUUAAAAAACACCAACAGAUUCACACAGGGGAGAAACCAUUUAAAUGCAUGGAGUGUGGAAAGGACUUCAGUCAGAGUGGAACACUUAAAAAACAUCAGGUUCCUGAGCCCCUCCCUUUUUCAUUUCAAGGAUUGGGGGUCCCGCACAGCCCUCAGGGCACCUAA